UUGUGUUAAACCAUGUCCAUAAUUAAAAACAAAAAAUGCAUAAAACCUUGGUUGCAAGUUUUGGUAAAUAUCAAGUACAAUUUUCCAUAGACUCCCUUUACUCAUCCUUUUCUUUUCAUCAAAAAAUUUAUUAUUUAAAAUAUUUCACUAAUAUUUAACUCUUUUUAAUUUUUAAUUAUUUAAGGGUAAUUAUGUUGAAACGUCUUCCUCUCCAAUCUAAUUCAUUGCAGCCAAUGCUUGUUGCUAAAUGACAGCUAUCCAAAACAUAUAAAAAGGCUUUAACAGAUAUUAAACUUGCAUAAGGCAGUUCGAGACAGAGACAAAAGAAAUGCGAUUUGUUAAUGAGUUUGCUGGAGGAAAUGAUGGUUACCCGCCACCACCAACCGCCAUCCCCACCAUGACCAACAACAACCAUAAUUCAGCCUUGAGUCCAAAGAAACUGAAACAUCUUAACCACCCUGGAUGACUUCGCCUUCAUACUUUCUCUUCUUGUUCUUGACCUUCCCAGCAACUGCUUGUCAGUUUAUGCCCUUGUAUCUCAAUGGCAACUUCAAGAUCCUGGUUUUCAUUUUCCAGGAUUCUUGUUAGGUUAUACCUUUUUUAUAUUCUCCUAGAACCUAAGGAUUUCGCGGCUGCAGGUUUUAAGGAAAUCCUGGUCAAGCCUGAUAACAAUGAUCCGGAUAAUGAUGCUCAGUUUGAAGUCGUCACCCAUGAUACCGAUGAUCCUUUAGCCAAUGGUUCUAUUACUACUGCUAGUAAUGGUGAUGGUGGAAGAUAUGAGCUUUGUGGUAGUGAUCUAAGUUUUCUUGGUCCACCUUAUGGCAAUAUAUCCACCUCCAAUAUGGUUUGUUCGCCUAUAUGGAAUACCUUCGUUUUGAGGUAUUAUCAGAGAGCAGACAACGUGAUGACCAUCAUACUAUCAGCAGUCUACACAACUGGAUGGGUGGGGAUUGGUUUUUCGAGGAACGGCAUGAUGCUUGGGUCCAGCGCCAUGGUGGGAUGGUUUAAUAGAAAAGGUCAGGCAAGAAUCAAGCAAUACUACUUGCAGGGUGCCCAUGAAUCCCAAGUCAUCCCUGACAAGGGUGAAUUGCCACUUAACAAUAUUCCACCGGUUGUGGCUCUUCAUGGGGCCAUGAUACACUUAGCAUUUCAAGCGAAGUUUGAGCAUCCUCUUGGUCGGCAACCUAUUUUAUUGGCCUUUGCAAGCAGAUAUCCUACUCAUUUGCACCUAACUAAACACGAUGACAAGACUGCCGUUUGGUUCGACUUCUCACAAGCGUCUGUUUUAGACAUAGACAUUAGCCAGAAAAAGAAUCAUGGGAUAUUGGGUAUUAUAGGAUGGGGUUUAAUCCUCCCUGUGGGGGCAAUCGUUGCGAGAUACUUCAAGCACAAAGAUCCACUAUGGUAUUAUCUUCAUGCUGGGAUUCAAUUUCUAGGAUUCAUCCUAGGACUUGCUGCUGUGCUCCUUGGUAUACAACUUUACAGAAGCAUGAAUGCUGAAAUUCCAGCGCAUAGAGGCAUAGGAAUCUUUGUGCUUGUGCUUAGCAUUCUUCAGAUAAUGGCAUUUUUUCUACGGCCGAAUAAAGAUUCCAAGAACCGGAGAUAUUGGAACUGGUAUCACCAUUGGUUCGGGAGGAUCGCCCUCUUUUUUGGGGCUCUGAAUGUCAUAUUGGGAAUUCAAUUAGCAGGUGCAGGGAAUCAAUGGAAGAUUGGCUAUGGGUUUCUUCUUGCUUUAACUCUAGUUGCAGUCAUUGUUUUAGAAGCAUCCUCGUGUAUGAGGAGAAGAGGCAAGUCUGGUCAGCCUCCAACCUCCCAAAUGAAUCCAAUUUAGUAGCUCAUGUUCAAAUAUUCUCUAUAUUUUUUUAUGGAACUGAGGGGUUGGUAAUGAUGGAUCAUGUACUUUGCAUCCGAACGGAGUGCUCAGCAUUGCAUGAGUUCAGCGUUAAAGAAGUCAACCCAUGUCCAACUCCAUUGUUCAACUUGUAAGGGACCUCGUUUGAAAUUUAACUCCUGACCUGAACCUCCUAUACAAUCCGAUUUCUUCGUGUGAGAAGUGAUUAAAUAGCUUCAUAUUUGUUUGCCAUUUCAAUUUUCCUGCGACAGAACUAGACUCACAAUUUUCUCUGUAAAACUGUUAAACUGUAAUCUUACUAGCAAAAUCAUGCAUUUGUCUUUUGUGGUGAGGAAAUGAAGGUCCAUCAAAAUAAAGCUAUUUUUAAUUUUAGCUUUUUGCUGUUGUUUCUGUCAAAAAAACAAGAUAACAUUCACCAGAAUAUUUUA